CCUGGGAAGCAGCUGAAGGUUCAGAUCAAAGACUUCACAGCUCGUGUUCAGCGAAACACACACAGACGUUGUUGUUGUGAUUGUCAGCGUCACAUUCAAAGGUGUGAAGUCUGCAGGCACCAUGUCGGACUCUGAGGACGUGGAUCAGUACGAGGACGAGGAAGCCCAGGAGGAGGUAGUAGAAGUAGAAGUAGCCCCUGAGGCGGAGGCCCAGGUAGAAGCAGAGCCAGAGGUAGAGGCUGAACCAGAACCAGAACCAGAGCCAGAGGAGGUGGUGCAGCAGGUGGUUCAUGAGGAGGAAGAGGAGAAGCCAAAGUUCAAACCUUCUGCUCCGAAGAUCCCCGAUGGCGAGAAAGUGGACUUUGACGACAUCCAGAAGAAACGUCAAAACAAAGACCUGGUUGAGCUGCAGUCGCUGAUCGACGCUCACUUCGAGUGCAGGAAGAAAGAAGAAGAAGAACUCAUUGCUCUCAAAGAACGAAUCGAGAAGCGUCGAGCUGAGCGAGCCGAGCAGCAGAGGAUUCGUAGUGACCGAGAUAAAGAGCGACAGGCCAGACGGGAGGCUGAGCGGCAGAGGAAGGAGGAGGCCGACGCCCAGAGGAAGGCUGAGGAUGACGCUAAGAAGAAGAUCGCACUGAGCAACAUGGGGUCGGGCUACAGCAGCCACCUGCAGAGAAUCGACCAGAAGAGAGGCAAGAAGCAGACCGAGAGAGAAAAGAAGAAGAAGAUAAUGGCAGAAAGAUGCAAACCACUGAGCAUCGAAAACCUCAGUGAGGACAAGCUGAGGGACAAGGCGAAGGAGCUGUGGGAGUGGCUUCACAGCCUGGAGGCCAUUAAAUACGACCACUGUGAGAAACUGAAGAGACAGAGAUACGAGGUCAUCUCUCUCAGAAACCGAAUCGACGAGCUGCAAAAACACAGCAAGAAGGGCGCCGCCUCGCGCCGCAGGAAGUGAGCGGCUCCCCGCCGCGUUCCGUCAGCUACAGGAGCGACUCAAACAUCAGCAACACCUGCAGCAACAAUGGGACGCCUCAUCGCCUGUGUUUGUUUGAGUCAAAGUGUUUUCUGGAUGAAUUUAGCUCCAAUAAAGACAUUUUAAAAAUGUU